CCGGAAAGGCAAAGUGCAAGCGUCCAGCAUGCGCCUCCUGCUGCUGCUUGUGGCCCUGGCGGUUGUCGACGCAGCGACCAGCCCCAUCAAGAUCAACGGCUGGUACGCCUGCAGCGCCCGGACGUUCGCGACGCCAGCGCCGGCGACGGUCGCACCAUCGGCCAGCUUCAAGACCACGGCCUUCUCGGCGGCGGAGCCCGACAUCUUAGCUACGCUGCUUCGGCCUUUUGAUGCGUCAUCCAUCGCAGACUUUGCCGUGGCCUCUACACAAACAACGUCCAGCGUGCCUGUCGAGUGCGCCGAGUUUACACUACCUCUCUGCUACGAGAGUCUUUGCAGUGCCGCCGGUUCGAUUCCCGUUUUUGUCAAGCGCAUGCGUGCCACGAAGCGAUCGUCGUCUACCAAGGCGCUUUGGUUUCUCCAAGGCGGUCCCGGCGCGUCCUCUGUCGCGAUGGAGUCGCUCAUGACGCUCCUCUACUCGAUGCUCAACGGCGCUGUCGACGUGUACACGAUGGACCACCGCGGCACGGGUCGCAGCUACAAACUCACGUGUUCAGCGUCCCAGAUCGAGACGUCGGGCAGUCCCACGAAAGGCCAAGUGCUCAACAGCGUGCUCUCAACGUGCAUCAAGGACAUCAACAUUCAGAUUGGCGCCAACGACACCAAGGCGCUCCGGUCCUUCUCAACGACGAGUGCGGCCAUGGACUUGUCGACGCUGAUUACAGCGACCGAGAACGCCAACACGUUUGUGUAUGGCGUGAGCUACGGCACGUACCUUGUCGAGCGCUUGAUGCAACUGGAGAACCCGAGUAUCAAGGGCUACAUCCUCGACGGGAUCGUGGCCAACUCGGGCAGCAAGGACAACAAGCUCACGGUCUUUAACGACUGGGACAAGGAAGUCGACGAAGCUGCGCAAACGUUCAUUGAUCUGUGUAAGACCGACGCAUAUUGCAGCAGCAAGUUCCCGGGCUCUGACCUCCGGACGGCCUUGACCAAGCUGUACGAAGCGCUUGACAGCAAUCCCAAGGGCUCGGCGUGUGCCAAGCUGCUCGAGGCGUCGUCGUCGUCGCCACCUUCGGCCACGCUGCGUGCGCUCUUUUCCGAUCUGCUUCAAGAUCAAACCCUUCGAUCGAUGAUUCCGGCGCUUGUGUACCGCUUUACGCGCUGCAGCUCAGACGAUGUCACGGCGAUCACCAACUUUGCGAUUCAAAUCGAUAUCGAUGACAACACGCCGCGUCCAUCCGACAGUUACCGGUCUACCAUGCUGUACAAGCUCAUUGUGACGUCUGAACUCUGGCGGACGCCCACGGAAUCCUACGAUACGCUCAAGAAGACGUUUAUGAACACACUCAUUGGCAGCAACGUGGCGGGCAUGGUGACGACCUACUGCAUUGCCAGCGGCGGCAAGGACCCCAACUGCGCGCAAGAGCGCGCGCCGAGCAACAACUACAAGUGGCAGUACCCGCGCGAUAUCUACUACGACGUACCGAUCACGAUUCCCAAAGGCACGAGCGUUCUGCUGUUGAGUGGACUUUUGGAUCCGCAGACCGCUGCAAGAGGCGCUCGCAACCAGUACGACAGCUUCAUCGGGACGGCCAAACGCCUGGUCGAGUUCAAUUACGCAGCCCACGGCACCAUCGUCAACACGCCCGUAACAACAAAGGGCGGCGCUCCAUGUGCAGCCCAGCUCGUCGGUUCGUUUGUGACAGUCGAUGGCGAUGUGACGGCGCUCGAUACGAGCUGCCUUGCGGCGGUUGCCCCCAUGAGCUUUGCGAUCAAGCCAUCACUGGCCAAGUCCUAUUUGGCGACAGACGAUAUCUACGACGGGGUGCCCACCGAGAAGUUUACGGCGGCGUCAACUUUGGCGCCGGGGACGUCUGCGGGCGACGGCGCGGUGACGACCAGCGACACGGUUGCCUCGGGCUACAAGACCGCAACGAUCAUUGGCUAUGUGCUCGUGGCGGGUCUUAUCGUGGCCCUUCUCGUGCUCGUGCUUCGGAAGCGAAAGAAGCACACGCAAGCGCACAGCACACUCUAUGUCGAGCCAACGCCUGCCUAGAUUCAAGCCCUUGCCUGUGCUUGGCUACCUCUAGCCCAUAUUCUGAAGCAACUCGACCCUCCAGCUCUGCCGUCUUUAUCUGUUAUGCUAUCCGAUACCCUGCAACGUUGAAAGUGAGAGGAAUUGUUUAAAAAGUCAACAUGCAAUACUUGCAGUAGCC